AUGACGGAUGUAUUCAAGGUUUUCACAGCUCUUACUACCAUAUUUGGAAGCUGCGGAGCGGUCUUCAACCUUUUAAUUUGUAUUCUGUAUUUAAAAAAUCCUCAACUCCUAGAUGCACCCAACAUCUUCAUACUGGUCAGUUCAGCUGGUGACUUUCUUCAGUCGAUUAUGACAACUCCUCUCCUUGUCCUUUCCAAUGCACGUGGUGAAUGGCUGUUUGGAGAAGCGGGAUGUACUAUUUAUGCUUUCAUCACAGCAUUUUUUGGAUUAAGUUCCAUGAUGCAUUUUGCUGGUAUUGCAUAUGAACGUUAUUCCACAUUCUGCAGGUUUCUGGAUGGUAAUAACGAAACGCAAUUCGGUAAAAAGAGAGCCAUAGUUCUUUCUAUUCUGUUAUGGUGCUACUCAUUUUUUUGGAGCCUGAUGCCGAUCAUCGGAUGGUCAAACUACGCUCUAGAGGGAAUCGGAACAAGCUGCGCCAUCAACUGGAGGUCACACGAAGCAACGCAUGUCUCAUUUACCUUCUGCUUAAUGCUGGCAUGUUAUGUACUACCCGUGACUAUAAUGGUCUCCAGUUACUACAAAACAUAUAAGAUGUACUGUCAAUACUCUCUGCAGAAUAACUUGAACAACACAAACCUUCAUGCCAUCCGAGAAGCACUUGAAAAAGAACGUAAAAUGACUUGGGUAACCGUUGCUUUAGCAUCGGGAUUUCUAUUGGCCUGGACUCCAUACGUAAUCAGCACGAUUGUGGCAAUUUUGAAACCAAAUGUUAUGACAGAAUUAGCGGCCUCAAUCCCAGCCUAUAUUGCCAAGUCCUCUUUCUGCUACAAUCCAAUAAUUUAUGCUUCCGUAGACAAGAAAAUGCGUAGAAAGCUAGCGGACACAUUUUGCUGCAAGUCCAACCAAAUAAACCCUCUCCCAAUUUCAGGGUCGGCUGGCGUUGUCUGACCUAGCUUAACCCGGCCUAUAAAAUAGGGGAGGGGGCUAGAGGAGAGACUAAAAUUUUUCCCUCCAGCUUUUUAUUUGCAGCUAGCACAUUUUGGCAUUUUGAAGAAAUUAAGUGACAGUCGCUGGCUUUGGUUUAAGAAUGUGGCAAAUUUUUCAUGCCCAUUAAUCGCCAUACAUUGCCGGAUUUGAAAAAAUUAUUUGUGAAAAUCUGGUCAAAUAUCAAAACAGUUUCCCUACCUUGAUUAUUAUGCUAAUUCUCAAUUUCACCUUUCUUAUCAUUACAUAUGGAUAUUGUUAAGUGAAAAGAACAAUUAAGGCUUUGAUUUUCUCGACAAAAUGAGGUAUGUUUUAUGGGUGGUGGAGCUGCUGGCAGCCUGUGACGUCACCAAACUUGUUUGCCGUCUUGGCCGUCAUCUUGGAUUUCAGUGACCCAGAAUAAGAAAUCAGGUUAAAAUGGAAAGAAUUAGUAAUUUUUUCUCUUGACAUGUAAAAUAAUUCAAAUUAAUAAGUACUUUGCUUCAUUUUAUCUACAAGCUUUAAGUUUAUCGUUAAAACAAGUUGAAAAAAUGCGAAAAUACACAAAAAAAGUUACAAUCUUCAUUACCCACUGUAGUUAAGUAUUAAUUAAAUAUCUUGUAAAAUACGCCACUUUCAGCAAUAGUUUGCCUUUCAUACAGUUGUGUAAUGUAUGUAUUUGUGAGUAUCUAAUAUUUUUCCCUUUUUUGCCUUUUUUAUCAUAAUUGUUGUUUAAAAUUUAGUAAUUAGUCCUUUGUACUAGUGUAAAUUAUACUACUACAUGAGAAAUUUUUGCAAUUUGAUUGGCUUAGAGCAGUGGUAUUUAAGCUUAAUUUGAAUUACCUACAUGUGAAAAUUACAAUCUUUUACAGGACGCGGGUAGUAGUGUAAACAAAUAGUAGCAUGAUUUAUGCGUGAUAUUUGGCAUAAAUGCCACUCGUGAUAUUUCCAAAUUGUCUCAAAUUUCACUGCCCUGACGGCUCGUGGAAUUACGCGACAAUUUCAAAAUAGCACUCGUGGUAUUUAUGCGAAAUAUCACUACAAAUCACGCUAUUACCUAUACUAAAUGUCUUGUACAAAAAAUGUUGAAAAGCGUGCAUUUUCAGACAAAAAUAGCUUGAAAAUCUCCUACUUCUGACGUCAUAUCUCGUAACCAUUGGAAAAUGAUCAUUACCAAACUUUUCUCAAAAUACCAUACGUCCCAUACACAGAAUGCUCCUGCAGAGUUAUAAAUAAGAUACAUAUCAUUCAAAUUUUUUCAGGGAGCCCUAACCAUAAUAAUGUUAUGGCGAUUUUAAAAACGUGAAACAGUUAGUCCAACUUUUUCAAGUUUCAGUCCAUGUCCAUCCUUCAGUACCAUCCGCAGCUAAACACAACAGAAAACCGUUUCAGUGCCCAAAUAUAGUCUUAACAAAACUGGGCCAUUAUUUUUGGAAUUCUAUUGACUCGAGAACACGUUUUAGCUUUUUUAAAAGUUAGCAAAUAGCGUGAAAUAGCCGCUUUAAAUUCACAGCGCGAAUCGCCCUUUUUUACUGUAGAUCAGACUCGUACCCAAUCGCUAUUUAAGUGUUUUUUUUGGGGUGAGAGAAGAUUGGGGAUUAGGUUGAGGCGCGCGCGGGGUCUCAUUGGAAGGGAAGAAUGAAAAAUAGCGACUGGCAGAUUUCGUUUCAAUAUGGCAGCUCGGGAAGAAAGUACUUGCGGCUAAAUACAGGAAUCGAUCCGACUUCUGAUUGGUCGAGAUGAGACUUGUUAUUCUAUGUAAACGUCACUAAAGUGUAGCCUAGUAAGCAUGUCGCCAAACUCUCUAUGCGAUCGAAUCUCCAGCCCAAGAUGUAUAGACGUCGAGUGUAAUUUGAAAUAUUAAUGCUUCUAUUAAGUCAUUGUUAUUAAACGUUCUUCACGACUUCAAAGGUUAGGUUUGUUUAAUAUGGCACUUAUUCAGCUGGGAUUCAGCUGGAUCGAUCGAUUUCUUCAAAAAGAAAGUGUCCCGGGCUAAAUACCGGAAUCGAUCCAUCAACAACAACAUUAACGAUCCGCCGAUUUAUAGAUAGUAUCAGAGCAGAAAAGUUUCACAAACUUGCUCUUAGAAAAGAUGCAAAAAAUGCAAAAACUGAGAAGUCAAUCUGGGGCAAAGAUGGUAAAUGCCACAUUUGCCUACAUAUUUACACCCCGUGUCAAUGGAAAAACUCGACCUUUUACAGAGAUAAUAAUUUAUAGACUUUUUAUAAAGGUGCGGAUUUUCUCUCCUAAAGUUGUGUGCAAAUGUGGCAUUUACUAUCUUUGCCCCUGCCAGAUUUACUCCGUGUGCAAAUUUGUGCAAAUCCAGACGAGGUUCAGUACUCCUAGUUAAAAGUGUUUAGUGACAAUGACCAAGAGAGGAUAAAGAGGACAGAGAAGGCAUCCCUCAUACACACCCUAUUCCAUAGGUAAUUCGUUUCGAGUUAUUUUUAAGACCACAGAUACCAAGGGGGAUUAGACAACAGCCAAUCACAUAGCCCGAAUGUGUUCCGCGUGGAUUACCCACUCUCAGAGCCACGCGUCCUUUACGAAUUGACACAGAAAAAAAAGGCGGAAGACGCGGAGAGCGAUACUGCCAUUCGUUUUGUCGACGAAAACGACUAAAGACAGACUUCUGCUAAAGCAGUGUCAGCGAAACGGAAAUUAAAAAAGAAUCGCCCUUCCUCUCUUGUAUAGAGCUAACAGUACAGCAGGGAAAUCCUUAACACACUGAAUAUUCUCUCAGGAUCCUUUAUAAUUUACAGUUUAAAGAGAGCAAUUUCUGGUUUGAUAUUUAGUCUUUUAUUAGUCUGCUAUUAUUCAACAAAAAUAACACUUGGCGUCGUACUUGCUUUAUUGUACAAAUGACCGGUUUCAAUAGACCGGCGAAAUUUCUCAUUUUAUCAAAGCACUAAGGUUACGACAACUUCGAGUUAAAUUGAUUUCACGGGUUGUCAAAGAGUCGAGCGAUUCUCUUUUCCCAGGUGAGCGCCGACUCAUUUCGCUUCAAUAUUCAGAAUUACUCUUGAUUUCUUUACGCUUUCAUUGCCUUUCGCCCGAUAUGUUUUGCACGGCGUUUAGUCAUGCGAAACCUCCGCGAAACAUCCACGCAGCGCGCGAGGUACCUUUAUCCCGAUUCUAAAAAUAACUCGAGACGAAUUACCUAUGGUAUAGGGUGUGUAUGGGGGAUGCCUUCUCUGUCCCCUUUAUCCUCUCUUGCAAGCACUGAAUCCAUUGAGGUAUAUUUUCCCUCAUACCAAUGUCAAUCUGCCGCAAUUUUCACAGCUACACUCUUUUAUAGGCGACUUUUUCAAAGGCCCUGCAAAAAUCUAAGAUUAUCAUAUCAUUAUAUGUUGAUCACGCGCAGACGUAGAUUGAGCUACCGCUCAUCUCAGCUAACCAAUGAUCAUGAUUUUUCGUGGAAAGCACUGGUAGCUCAAAAUGUUUCACAACCUAUGAAUUGUCUGAAUCGAUGACAAAGAAUCGGUCAAGGCUAAGCUCAUAAUGACCAUAUCAACUCAUACUGACCAUAUUUCUGAAGAUGAAAAUGUACUUCUGCCUAUAACUGUCAAUAUCAGUCAAGACUAAGUUCAAAGUGACCAUACUGUCACGUCGCCUCUUUCGUUCUCGCGUAAAUUUGGCGGUGUUUUUCUUAUGUUUUAGUAUCUGUUUAAAAUGUAAUUUUAAUAGAAUAUGUUUCAAGUAUGGGAAAAACCUUCCAAAAUUAUAUAAGUAGUAUUCGAAUAGAUUCCAAAUACAUUUUAAAAGUCCAUGACCAUUUUGGUUUUAUUCGUAAAAUAUAGUAAAAAUACCCCUACUUCAGGUAAAAAUAUUGAAAUUCACUUAAAAAAAAAAACAGAUUCAAAAUACAGGUGGUUUGGUAAGGGAUUUGUCGAACUAAACUCUUUUUAAAUUCUCCAUAUUCUUAUUUCAUUCGUACCACGUUUUGUAUCCAAAGAAUCGGAAAUAAUGAUUGAUCUACAACAUAAGUCCGCAUUUUCAGUAAAAUCCAAGACGACUGCCAAGAUAUCGGCAAUUUUGAAUGAUGUCACUGGUCCCCAGCAACGCCAUGCAUAUUCCAUAAUACCUUAAAUGAACUCAACACUGAAUAAUCCAACGUUCUGAACUUUUACAAGGUUUCAUACUGGUGUAUUUUCAAUUUUGUUUUGAACGUUUACUAUAAUCUGGCAAUUCAAAAGGCAAGAAAACCUUUGAAGUUUUUUCUUUUUGUUUUACAUUGGAAACUGUUAAAUAGGCAUUUUCCAAGGCAACACGAAACUAUGUAGUCAAAAAGUAUCUUCCCUAAGUUUCUUAAAAGAGUAAAAAUGCCUAACAAUUUGGAACGUGCCUAGCCCAAAAUGAAAGUGUUUGAUAGACAGCCAUUUUCUUUCUUCCGUUUAAGUCCUUGAAAGCAGGGCAAUCAAAUAGUGUCAGUAAGCGGCAAUUUCCUCAUUUUCCGCUGGACAAGAGUAACGAAGACUCUGAGGACGAGCUCGCCGUAAGAGAUUGA